GUCGCUCGUGAUUGUGUCAUGGCACCGAUCAGCUAUGUUCACUCCAGGGAAUGCAGUUCUAGCCUACACAAUCUCCCCUCAUGACGUAAACCUGCCCAUCAUGGCAACGUUCUUUGGAGUGCGGCCUGUUACCUAUCUGGCUUAACCCAACAACUUAUAUAUUUUGCAUACCAGAUGUGCACACAAUAAUUCAAAUUCAGCCUAACCAAUGUUUUAUUCAAAGAUAUUACACCUCGACUCUUACAUUCAGUACCGCUGCUGAGGGAGACAACCGUGCCAAAUGUCGUCGGUAAGACCCUGUCCACCACUGUUCACAGUCUUAAAGAACACAUUUAUUUCAGACGGAAUCCCCGUCUGUUCAAUAACCUGAACAUGUCCCAUUCCCUUGCUAUUAGCCACACACCACAGAAACAACGAAGCAUAAUUUGUCCUAUCAGCCUCUUUCCUUUUUUUUCUCCUUUACUUCCCAUCAUUAAACUUACUGAAAAAUUAACUAUUUUUAAUAAUGCAUCGUUCAGAUAAAGCAGCCAAGCCCCGAAAUAUUGAUUGUAUUUCUUUCCACGGAUGAUAUCUGAAUCGAUCAGUGUUUUCAGCAUUUGUAGUUGUUAUUGCACAUGACACUGUUGCGCUUUUGACUGCUUAUCAGUUAAUUGCUAAAUUGCGAAAACAGCAUGCUUCCUGGUUGGUGGAAGGAAUUAUCCAUCAUCUCACCUGUAGCUUUUCGUGAUGUUUGCGUUUUUAUUUUGCAGAUUUUAUUACAAUUAUUCGGUUGAUUGAAUUUUAUUGCAAUUUGAUUUGAUCGGGGAGCGCGUGGUUCAGACAUUGUAAAACUUUUGUGUGGUUAUGGAAUAUAAAAGGUGAAACCCAGCGCUAACUUGAGAAUGAUAUGGAAUUGAUAUCCAAUAACCCAAGUGUGGCUUCAGAAAUCUCCAGAACAUUUUCAACCAAUGGAGAACAUUACCAUUUAGUUUGAUUAGAGAUUCUAUCCUCUACGUCAUGAAAAACUUGUCCCAUUCAAAUUUUGCCGGGAUCGUGCAUGACGUUGAACAUCCACUGCAAAAUCGAGGAGCAGAAAUUAAACUUCAAUUGUCUAACCACAUUACAAGUACUUUGGACCACCGUGUUAACGUUCACUAAAAAUACUUGUUUACACGCAAAGUGUGGUACCACGAGAUUAAUGUUAACUAGGGAGUAUUUUCAAUGAACAAAACUUCUGCGGAUUAAUGGGUAAUCCAGUCACUUCAUUGCAAAUUGCGGUAAUAAAACAAAUUAAGAAAAAAGAAAAAACGAAACUGAGAAUCCUAAGUUAAAUAAGAAUUCGAAAAUUCACAAAUUUUCCGCGCCAAACUUCACACCGACAUCUAUUUUCUAUGUUUCCAAAACAUCUGUCGGAGUCUGCUGGGUCAUGUGCUUGCAAAGCUGCUGCAAGCAAGAUUUACAUUGUAGCAUUGCCUCUGCUUCAUAUGCAUGUACGUGUCGAUAAACUUCGCUUGACUUGGACGUGAGGAUGCCUCUCCCCAAACAUCACUUCCAUUAAACAGGGAGUCGGUUGAACAAUUUGCCAAUUGAAAGCAUUAUGUUCAUGAACACCUUCUCCAAAAUUUGGAAAGCGAUAAUGAAAUACUCUUAUCAAAGAAGGGAAAAUUAUGUAGUCGUGAUAUGAAGGGCAAUUGAUGCAGAUUCUGGUCAGAACGCACGUCUCCUUUAUCAGAUUAUGAAAUCUACCGACCCCGGUUUGUACAACGUUGGACAACAUUCUGGAGAAAUCAGAACAGCGCGCAAUAUUUUGCAGUCAGGUACUGCUUUACAAACUCUAGUCAUCUUGCUUAAGGACAAUGGACAGCCAAGCUUGUCCAGCACAUUUACUAUGAACAUUAGUUUUGGAAAACAGCACUGAAGGAAUCAGCGAAAGCAGUACCUUGGUGAUGAAUUAAGAAUAUUUCUCAGAUCCAAACGGUUAUUUAAUUGUCAUUUUCCGUUGCACUUUCGUGGUCUGUCUUCUGAUCAUCAUUCUAUUGAUUGGCUUCAAGUGUAAACAGGCCAGAAAUAUUAUCCAAGAGUAUUACUCCCCCAGUUACUGUUACAAUCGUGUGGUUUCGCACGACACGUUUAAUGGAAGAUCUGCGAUGAAGGAAAUGUUACCCUAUCCUUGGACAGAGCGGGCAGUCCGCGGGCCAGAUCUGAAUCAAUACUCGGUAAAUCUGUCUCCAGUCAGCGAAAAACGAUUUUUCUCUUACUGAAGCCAUGUAGUGUUGCCACCUCUCAAGGUCAAUGUUAAAUUACGCUGAUACGUAAAUUGAAGAAAGCCAAUUUUGUAUGCGGCCAUUUUAUUUCUGCCGGGGCAUGUGAAACAGUGCGAGUGAAAUAUUUAUAAAACUUACCCUUGUUGCACGUUUUUCUCUAUCGGUUAAAUGGGAGUACGGUUGUAAUUGAAAGAGUAAAAUGUUCUGCAACUCGAAUGAAACCAUCUUGAAAUUGCAUGUUUUAUUUCUGAAGGCAGUCAGUCCUUCUGUUUGUCACUGGAUAAUGCGCACAAACGCGUUGCCAUUUAACCUAUUACGUAACGGUUUGGGUACCUGGAUCCAUUUACGUGGAUGAAAGUACUAAUGUGCGAAAGUUGCGUUGAAGAGUUUAAUGAUUGGGUAGCCAUGUAUUCUAGAAGAAUUCUUGAUAGAUCGUGCCACAAAAUAUACAUAUAAUAAUAAUCAACAGGCGAAAUAAAUAAUUAAGCCCAUUUUUUUGCAACACAACUCAUGCCUGAUGCUGACAUUGUGAGGACGACUGGCUAGAGAAACUCAGAGAGUCUGGCAGCACCUGUGGAGAGAAACAGACAGAUGACGUUUGGUGUCGAGCCCGUCAUGAUUGGUGGAGAGGUCCGUUCUGCAUAGAGAAGGCAAACAGUAUCAAGUGGUAGUUGGAUCCAGGUGAGGAGAGGAUUUUUCGCAGUUGUUUCUUGUGGAGGUUAGCACAGGUUGCGGAGAACUGGCUGAGUCUCCAUUUGUAGAUGAACGAGAAUGCCCUGAUGUCAUCCUGAUGCGGAAUGAAAAUGCAAAGCGACGUCGUCUAUUGUAAAAAUGAGGAUUGACAAAAAAUGAGAACAAAUCUGCAGAUUAAUGGACAAUUCAGUAAUUUAGUUGCAAAUUGCAGUAACACAACCAGUCACGUAAAAAAGAAAAAAGAAAAAUAGAAUCUCAUGUUAAAUAAGAAUUCAAAAAAUCACAAAAUUUCCAUGGAUGUUUCCAACAACAAGCAAAUUAUGUGCUUGUUAAGCUGCUGCAUGCAAGAUUUAUAUUGCAGCCGUACCUCUGCGUCCUAUGCAUGCACAAGUCAAUAAACUCGGCUUGUAUUGGACGUGACGAUGCAUUUCUCCACCAAUAACUUUAAAGAGGAUGUUGGUUCAACAAUUGGUCAAUGGAAAGUAUUAUGUUCACGAACACCUUCUCCAAAAUUUGGAAAGUGAUAAUGAAAUAAUUUUAUCAAAGAAGGGAAAUUAUGUAGUCGUUAUAUGAAUAGAGAUGCUGCCCGUCCCGGUGAGUUAUACUCUAGCUUUUUGUGCUAUCUUCUUAUAUUUUCUUACUGCCCUAAGGUGUGAUUGUAAGGGGUCAAACAUGUGUAAGCAAAUACUGUAUAUCCGAUAUGAUAUGUUGCAUCAUAAAAAUAACGAUGCCAUUUAUUUAUUCGUUGUGGACUUUUGACUGAACCGACAAAACAUGUUUACGUUCUGAGGAUAACCCACUUCCGACGUGCCUGAUGUGAAUUUCGACAUUAAAUGAAAAAAAAACAUUCUUCAAGCUUCUUUUCAAAGAGGGCGUUUUAUGGUUGUACACCAUCAAAUGUGUAGGAGAGCAGUACAGCUUUAAGAAUUGUAGCUGCAGUUGUGCAAAAGAACUGGUCGUGUCGCUGUCUACCAAUGAAAAGCUCAAGUACAUAGAUGGAUCCAUUGUCCCGCCCACAUCCCAGAAUAAAGACGUCAGACGCGACGAGAAAGGCGAGGAGUGCCUGCGUUUCGAUUGCCGAAAAAGGCUGAGGAGGAUAGAUAUCCCAUCUGUUUCGAUUCGGUAUUGGGAAUAUAUAUGAAUUAUUUUAUUGUGCUUGGACUAUUUACACGGAGAAAUACCUAGAGUUGGACUUUGACUGAUCACGGAACAUGGCGUACCUACCGAGGUUUGCCGUCACUCCGUUUGCUUGCAUAUUUGCGAUUUGUGCACCGGGACUAAUCUCCGGGCAAAUUCGUUAUUCUAUUCCCGAGGAAAUGGAGCAAGGGGCAUUUGUUGGGAAUAUCGCUGUGGAUUUGGGCCUGAGCGUACGGCAACUGUCAGCUCGCAAAUUCCGGCUGAGCUCCGAUGAUGGAGGGCGGUGCAUGAAGAUUAGUUUGGACAAUGGAAUCAUGUCUAUUCGUGAAAGAAUCGACCGGGAACGUAUUUGUGGGCAGAAUGAUCAAUGUACUAUACGUUUCGAAAUUAUACUGGAAAACCCUUUGGAGGUGUAUGACGGCGAUAUGGAGAUUCUUGAUGUAAAUGACAAUUCCCCCACUUUUCCGCAAAGCAGCAUUGCCUUGCAGAUAUCGGAAGCCAGUGUAUCCGGUGUACGUUUCCGACUCCAGGGCGCGGAUGAUCCCGACAUUGGUACAAAUACCGUGGCCGCCUAUACAAUCAGUUCCAAUGAGUAUUUUAGUCUAGUAACACAGAAAUCCGAAGACGGUAUCAUAAUUGCCGAAUUGCUGUUAGAGAAAUCUUUGGACCGAGAGAUGCAAUCAUCAUUUCAACUCAUGCUUACUGCGUUUGACGGUGGGACCCCUCAGAGAUCAGCUACGACACAAGUUCUGAUUACGGUAUUCGACCAGAACGAUAAUCCACCUGUGUUCGACCAUGAUAUUUACAGAAGCAGCGUAAGUGAGAACGCGUCGCGGGGUACGCUGGUGCUGAAUGUACAAGCGAAUGAUUUGGACGAAGGGAUGAAUGAGGAGCUGACAUAUCGUUUCAAUGAUGUUGCUUUGCGAGGAGUGCAACAUGUAUUCAGUUUGGAUCCACGCACUGGGGAGAUUCUAGUUAAAGGGCCUCUAGACUUUGAAGAAGUAAACACCUAUUCUCUCGAUAUUCAAGCCCAGGACCACGGUUCCCCUGCAAUGACAGGACACUCCAAAAUAUUGAUCAAAGUAAUUGACGUGAACGAUAAUGCACCUGAGAUAAAGGUGACAUCAGCUUCCAACAAAAUCCAGGAAAAUACUCCACCAGGAAGUUUUAUAUGUCUGAUUAAUGUGAUGGAUCGUGAUUCUGGACCGAACGGCCAAGUACGUUGCGAGAUACAAAAGAACGUCCCAUUUCGACUGCAAAGGAUAUCAAACCACUAUAAAUUAGUCACCAGUGAAACGUUGGACCGUGAAGCGAUCUCUGAGUAUAACAUUGUAAUUUCAGCCUGGGACUUGGGGUCGCCUUCUCUAACAUCAAAUAAAACCAUCCAUAUUGCUAUUUCGGACGUAAAUGACAAUGCACCGCAAUUCGCGGAGUCAUCCUACAACGUAUAUGUAAUGGAGAAUAACGCUCCGGGUGUAUCCAUUUUCACAGUAACUGCAACAGAUCACGAUCUGGAUCAAAAUUCCUAUCUUUCCUACUACUUUCUCGAUAAUCAUAUCCAAAACAUGCCAGUGUCCACUUACCUCUCCAUUAAUUCAAUGAACGGUACCAUUUACGCGCUGCGAUCCUUUGACUAUGAGGAACUCAAGAACUUCCAGAUCCAUGUACAGGCCCGUGACGCCGGGGUGCCUCCGUUGAGCAGCAGCGUCACGGUGAAUGUGAUCAUCCUGGAUCAAAAUGACAACGUGCCGGUAAUUUUUUCACCUUCAGAACAGAGUGAAUGGGCGGCAGUGGAUACCGUACCCCGGUCAGCAGGUCAAGGGUACUUGGUCAGCAAGAUAAUGGCAACUGAUGCAGAUUCUGGUCAGAACUCACGGCUCUUUUAUCAGAUAGUGAGAUCUACCGAGCCCGGGUUGUAUAACAUUGGACAACAUUCCGGAGAAGUCAGAACAGCGCGCAAUAUUUUCCAGUCAGAUAAUGCUUUACAAACUCUAGUCAUCUUGGUUAAGGACAAUGGGCAGCCAAGCCUGUCCAGCACAGUUACAAUAAACAUUAGAGUUUUGGGAAACAACACUGAAGGAAUCAGCGAAAGCAGUACCUUGGUGAAGAAUCCAGAAUAUUUCUCUGAUCCAAACGUUUAUUUAAUCGUCAUUUUCAGUUGCACUUCCGUGAUAUUUCUUCUGAUCAUCAUUCUGUUGAUUGGCAUCAAGUGUAAACAGAACAGAAAUAUUAUCCAAGAGUAUAACUCCCCUAGUUAUUGUUACAAUCAUGGGGUUUCGCACGGCACGUUUAAUGGAAGACCAGCUAUGGAGGACACAUUAUGUUAUCCUGGGACGGGCCGGGAAGUCCGGGGGGCAGAACUGAAUCAAUACUCAGUCUGUCUGUCUCCAGAGUCAGCGAAAAGCGAUUUUCUCUUCCUGAAGCCCCGCGACGCUCCCACCUCUCAAGCCCAAAGCUAAAUAACACUGGUACGUAAAUUGAAGAAUGCCAAUUUAUAUGCGGCCAUUUUAUUGCUGCUUGAGGAUGUUAAUCAGUGCCAGUGCAUUGUUUAGAAAACUUACCCUUGUUGCAUUGUUUUUCUCUGUCGCUUAAAUGGGAGUACGGUUGUAAUUGAAAAAAAUAAAACUGGAAUGAAAACAUCUUGAAAUUGCAAAUUUAAUUUCUGAAGGCAGUCCUUCUGUUUGCCGCUGGAUAAUGUGCACAAACGUGUUGCCAUUUAGUCAAUCAUAAAUGAUCUGGGUACAUGGAACCACUUACUUAGCUGAAGUGUUAACAUGUUGCGUUGAAGGGGUUAUUGAUUGCGUACCCAUGCAUUCUGGACGGAUUGUUGCUAGUUCGUGGUACAACAAAUAUGAAUG